CGCGGGAGUUGGUUUUAGCAUCCUCUCAAAGCUGCAACCAUGGAAUUUGCUUCUCUUCAAGACCUCUGCCUACUACUAAUUUCUUCGGCAAUACGGAGAUGCAUCUGCUCCGAACGACUUUGCAGACUCUCAGUUCUUCUGCAACGCUCUCCCGCUUCCGAUCCUCCACUAGUUCGUAUUUCUAUUUCAGAUACCGGCCUUGGAAGCUGCAUAGAGGAGUUUCAGAAUUUGAAGUGCCCCGUUGAAGGUAUCCUUGCCGAAACAUGGAACGGAAUUGUUUAUGUGAGAACUACAAAUAUUUGUGAUAAAGAGAUAAGUUGUUAUGAGUUGAAUCUGAAAGAGAAUGUCACUACCAGGAAGCCAAUUCUGCUACCUUCGAACAUUAAGCAUGGUGUGAAAUUCAGUGGAACCGAAGUGUGUUUGUCUGUUUCUGAAAGUGUUGAUGUUUUGCUGGAGGAGUUCAACUGCUUCUUUCAGAAGAUUCUCGUUCUAAAGGUCCCAAAUAUUGCAAUGGAAGUUAUGGCCGACGGCCAGGAUGUCCCAGGGUCACGUAAUGAUGCUGUUUUCCUGGAAAAAAUUUCCACUAGUUCCUCUUUUGCAGCUUCAACUCUUGAUCAUUUGAAAUUGGGCCUUGAGAGUUAUGUAUUAAGGCAUGGAUCCAGUUUGGCCUGUGACUCUUGUUUCCCUAACAGGGAUAAUCUGAGGAGUGGGGGUGGAAUGGUUUGUGAAGACAAGCAUAAAACUACCAAACUGGUAGUGGAGGCAGCGGUUGUGACUAGUGAAAUAUCAAACCCGACCAAUAAUUGCUUUGGAGCAGGAUGCUCUGAUACGAAGGUUCUCUGUUUUAAAGAUUUUGCGCCUUGUUCAAUCUCCGAGGCACUUCUGAAGGCAUUAACAGGCAUUGACUGGAAACGUUAUGGAUUGGCUUUGGAAUGUGCUAUCGAUCAAAGAAGUCAUGCACUAUUAAAGUGGGAACACAUGCCCCUAUCUUUUCAUAUUCAUAUUGUUGUCCACUGCUAUGAUAAGCUUGUGUUCGAGGCCAUGCCUUUGUUGCAGAAGACACGGUUUGAUAAAAAACUCAUAAGAAAAGCAGUUAAACUUGCACUGGACGACUUCAAGAAUAAACAUGCGGGAGUUCUUCUCAGUGCCGAUACCCUCAAGAUCAGUAAGUUUGCCCCUGAUCUUGCCAAAUCAAUUGCUGGCCUAGUUUUAUACUCCAGUGACAUGGAUUUCAAAGAAGAAUGCCUUGCAAUUCUUGGCUUGCAACCUCAUCAAUCAGAAGGGGAAAUUGUUGGAGAAAAUAUAAAGAAAAAGAUCAUUUCAGCCAUAGAGGUGAAUGACCGAAGGCAACAAGGAACUAAAGAAGUUGCCCCUCUUCUGUUUGAAGGUCGCCACGAACUACAGUUUGUGGACGAUGAAUGUGAUGAAGAUGGUUUUGAUCCAAUGGAUUUGUAA